UUUCUUUCUACGGGGCUCCCCGAUUUCCUUCAUUUGCAAAUUGAUUCUUUGCUUUCUUUCCUAAUGUGAUUUCUAAUAACUCCUCCUCCCAGUUUUUCUUCCUAAAUAUGACCUUUUACCAUGAAGGGUCCCCCCAUCUCUUUAUUUAAUGGGAGGGAGGAAUUGAACUGUCUUCUCCUGCAUGGAGGGAGUGCAGGAGAAUCCAUCGCUCGUUUGCUGAGAGGGCAGCACAACUAAAUACCAGGACUCAGGCAAACCUCUGAAUGAGCAGUAGCUGGAGGGCUGCGAAGCCCCCCUCCCCUGCCCCCAGUCAGGAUGCCUAGUCUUUAACAGUGAUUUAUUCUUCUGUAUUGGAAUGGUGGAGGUGGAAGAAGGAAUCCAGGAGACAAAGACAACUACCCUCUACACAGCUGAGAAACCUGUGUAGGUCAUUGUGUUCUGUCUCGUAAUCCAUCAGAACCAUGAAGCCUUCGAUGGCCGAUCCACCCCGUCAGAGAAGAAUGCUGUGGAUUACCCUUCUAAGCACAAUUGCAGUAGCAUGGACUACCCCCAUUCCUUUGAUAGAGGACUCAGAGGAAAUUGAGGAACCUUGCUUUGAUCCUUGUUACUGUGAAGUCAAAGAAAGCCUUUUCCAUAUACACUGCGACAACAAGGGAUUUAUAAAUAUUAGCCAGAUAACAGAGUCAUGGUCAAGACCUUUCAAACUUUACCUGCAGAGAAACUCCAUGAGAAGAUUAUACACAAACAGUUUUCUCCACUUGAACAAUGCUGUUUCUAUUAACCUUGGGAACAACGCACUGCAAGACAUUCAGACGGGGGCCUUUAAUGGGCUCAAAAUUCUGAAGCGAUUGUACCUGCAUGAGAAUAAAUUAGACAUUUUCCGAAAUGAUACUUUCCUGGGAUUAGAGAGUCUGGAAUAUCUGCAGGCAGAUUACAAUGUUAUUAAGCGAAUUGAAAGUGGGGCAUUUCGAAACCUGAGUAAACUCCGGGUCCUGAUCUUAAAUGACAAUCUGAUUCCCAUACUUCCUACCAACUUGUUUAAGUCAGUGUCCCUGACUCACUUGGACUUGCGUGGAAAUAGGUUGAAAGUACUUUCCUAUCGAGGGAUGCUGGACCACAUUGGCAGGAGCUUGAUGGAGAUCCAGUUGGAAGAGAACCCUUGGAACUGUACUUGUGAAAUAGUUCAGCUAAAGAGCUGGCUGGAGCGUAUUCCUUAUACUGCCCUUGUGGGAGACAUUACCUGUGAGACCCCUUUUCACUUCCAUGGCAAGGACUUGAGGGAAAUCAAAAGAAAUAAACUCUGCCCUAUGUUGUCUGACUCAGAACUAGUCAGCGUUGGCAUCCCUCAGUUGCCCUCAAGCAAGGAAAAUGCCUGGCCUACUAAACCUUCUUCCAUGUUGUCCUCCUUCCAUUUCACUGCUUCCUCUGUUGAAUAUAAAACCUCCAUUAAGCAGCCCAAACCAACAAAACAGCCCAGGGCUCACAAACCACCACCUACACCUCGAGGCCUGUACCCUGCACCCAACCAGCCUCCGAUCGCUGCAUACCAGACGAGGCCUCCUAUACCCAUCAUAUGUCCUACUGGCUGCUCUUGCAGUCUGCACAUCAAUGAUUUGGGCCUAACUGUCAACUGCAAGGAAAGAGGGUUCCACAAUAUUUCUGAGCUCUUACCCAGGCCCAUCAAUGCCAAGAAACUCUACCUGAGUGGGAAUUUGAUACAAAAAAUUUACCGUUCAGAUUUCUGGAAUUUUUCUUCCUUGGAUCUUCUGCAUCUUGGGAACAAUCGGAUCUCAUAUGUGCAGGAUGGGGCUUUUAUUAACUUGCCUAAUCUGAAAAGUCUGUACUUGAAUGGCAAUGACAUUGAGAGAUUGACCCCAGGCAUGUUCAGAGGCCUGCAGUGCUUGCAUUACCUGUACUUUGAGUACAACCAGAUCAGGGAGAUCCAGCCUGCCGCCUUCAGUCUCAUGCCUAACCUGAAGCUACUGUUCCUCAAUGACAAUCUCCUGAGGACCCUGCCUACUGAUGCCUUUGCUGGCACAUCCCUGGCCAGACUCAACCUGCGGAACAACAAAUUCCUGUACCUGCCUGUGGCUGGUGUGUUGGAGCACCUCAAUGCCAUUGUCCAGAUUGACCUGAAGCUCAAUCCUUGGGAUUGCACGUGUGAUCUGGUGCCUCUCAAGCAGUGGAUCGAGACUAUCAGUUCUGUCAUCGUGGUGGGGGACGUCCUUUGUGCCAGCCCAGAGAACCUUACUAACAGAGAUGUCCGCUCUGUUGAGUUGGAGGUGCUGUGCCCAGAAAUGUUGCAUGUUGCCACUGCUUCACCAGCCCCACCAGCAUCAGGUCACCCAAGUCCUACCAGUCCCUCACCCUAUGAGCUGCCCCCAGCUGGAGGAGGGCCAGUACCACUCUCUGUGCUCAUCCUUAGUCUACUUGUGCUGUUUUUCUCUGCAGUCUUCAUUGCUGCAGGCUUGUUUGCCUUUGUCUUACGCCGACGGCGCAAGAAGCUCCCCUUCCGGAACAAGCAGCGGCAGGAAGCCCUUGACUUAACGGGCAUCCAGAUGCAGUGUCAUCACCUAUUUGAGGAGGGAGGUGGUGGAGGAGGUGGUGGAAUGAGUGCAUCCCCAGAGAAGGCACCCCCUAUGGGCCAUGUUUAUGAUUACAUCCCACAUCCAGUAACCCAGAUGUGCAACAAUCCCAUCUACAAGCCACGGGAAGAAGAUGAAGUUGUAGCAGGAGAGUCUGGGCAACCUGGGGACAUACUCCUAGGAGGUGGCAAUGGAGGUAGUAGCUGUGUUGGGGAACAGUUUGCUGACCCCACUAAGGACAGUGGGAACAGUAGCUGCUAUAGGACCUUGCUGGAGAAGGAAAAGGAAUGGAAUCUGGCUGUGUCCAGCUCACAGCUCAACACCAUAGUGACAACCAACAAUCACCCACACCCUCCACCAUCUGGAGGGGGAAUUGGUGGGGGGCUUCCUCUCUUGGGGGAGCUAGCACUGGUGCCGCCCGUCUUCCAUCAUGAGAAGAAUGGUGGGGUGGUGCUCUUCCCGCCUAGUGGUGCCGUUCUAGACAAUAGGGAGAGGCCCCCAUUGGUCCCUCCAUGCUCAGUGGGCUUUGUGGACUGCCUAUAUGGCACAGUGCCCAAAUUAAAGGAACUGCACGUGCACCCCCCUGGCAUGCAAUAUCCAGACCUGCAACAGGACGCCAGGCUGAAAGAAACUCUUCUCUUCUCAGCUGGUAAGGGCUUCCCAGAACAUCAUCAACCCCCCCAAAGUGAAUACCUCGAGUUAAGGGCCAAACUCCAAACCAAGCCGGAUUACCUCGAAGUCCUGGAGAAGACCACUUAUAGGUUUUGAAAAAUGUCUAGCUUUUUACAGCCAAAUUCCAGCAUCUCCCGCUCCCUUCCCAGCCCCAGAGCACCCUCACAUCCCAUCUGCUCCUCUCCCUUUCCUCCCCCAAACCACCGCAUGCUGAUAUUAGAAGAUACAGCUCUGCGCUUCCCCCCUGCCAGAUGUUGGUUUGGAGGAAGGGCCUAACUCAGAUGAUCAUUAAUCGAUAAAAGUGCCUUUGCAGACUUUUGCCAGCAGAUGUUAAUCAAUCAUUAUUUUUUUAUAUUGAGAAAAAAACUGAGACUUUGACUGUGCCAUGUUGUCUAAGAUAUAAGAAUAUUAUUAUUAAUUAGCAUCAUGGGGGAACUUUGUCUUGAUCCUGACAAAGUAAAAUUCUGUGUGUACUGUCCUCCCUCUUCCUCCUCCUCCAACUCCUCCUCCUCCUCCUCCUCCUC